AUGCGGUCGCACCACCACCACCCCCGCAGAUCGUUCCAUGACGCAAACUGGCGCGGCAUGAAGCUGCAGCAGGACCGCAAGAACAAGACCACCUGGGUGCCCUACUCGUUACGGGUCCAUGGUGGCGGGAUCCAUCUUCCCCAGAUUCUUGGAGCAGGCCUCUUUGCAGCGCUCAUCUGCUACCUCUCGUCAGAUGUCAACGAGAAGUAUUCGCUACACACGCCAAUUCUCUUCCCCGUCUGGGGGUUCAUCGUCGCGCUGUCAAUCAGCUUCCGCAUGACGUCCGCCUACUCCCGCUGGUGGGAGGGUCGCACGGAAUGGGACAAGAUCUCGGCUCUCACCCGCAACAUCGCGCGUACAAUCUGGCUGCACAUCCCAACGCUCAAGACCCCCGCGGACCACGACCCGUCGGCAAAGUCAGACCUCGAGGUAAAAAAAGAGGCCAUCGAGCUCUUGCACGCAUUUGCUGUCGCGCUCAAGUACCAUCUUCGCGGCGAGCGCGACUGGGAGCGGCUUGGGGAGCUGAAGGAGCUAUUGAAGGGACUGCCAGCUUACCAGCAACUCCACCUCCACCAUGAUACCGCAAAUCACCCGAUCCAGAUCACGCUCCACAUCUCGGCAUACCUCGAGCACCUCCGGCAGACUCGCCCCGUAGACACCCAGGUCUUCACGCAUCUGCUGCUGUACAUGGACUCGCUCACCUCCUGCAUUUCCUCGUGUGAGCGUCUCCUGCGCACGCCCAUUCCUCUCGGCUACAACAUCGCCAUCUCGCGCGCCGUGUGGAUGUUCAUCCUCGUGCUGCCCAGCCAGCUCUUCCGCACGCUCGGGUGGCUGACCGUGCCGGUGACGAUGGUGACGGCAUAUGUGCUGAUGGCGCUGAGCGAGGUUGGCCUCGAGAUCGAGAAUCCGUGGGGAACGGGCCCGAAUAAUCUGGAUCUUGAUCGGUACUGCAUGCUGCUGAGCUUCGACCUGCAGGAUAUCAUGAUGAGGCCCGCCGUGGAGUAUGGGAAGUGGAUUAGUGAGCCGGUGCCGAUUGUGUAUAAUCCCGGAGUGUUAAUUGGGAUGGGGAGGGGGGCUUUCGGGAGUGUCGAGACCACGUAUGGUGCGGUGGGAAUGGGAGUCGGUGGGUUCGUGUAG